AUGUCGAACCCAGUUGAAUCUGCUAAAAUCGAUAGGGAAAAUCUUGGUGGCACGGAUGAUAAUGGUGGUGGGAACAAUCAGCAGACACUGGUGAAAAGAAAGAGAUUAACUCAAGCAUGCGACGCGUGCCGAAAGAAAAAAGUUAAAUGCAGCGGCGAAAAACCUUGCAAUAACUGUACGCGACUUGGCCUAAGUUGCACAUAUUUGCCGAGUACUAGAAAAAGGGGACCCCGAGUGGGUUUGGUGGAGAGUUUGGAAAAACGCCUUCUACAAAUGGAGAGGCUCUUGCAACCACUAAAAGAACAAGGAUUGGUUGAUGAAGAAUCUGAUAGUCAAACGCCUGGUCCUACAGCAAAGAAACCUCGAUUAAAUUCUACCGAAUUAUAUUCGGCAGAUAGUUUUGCCAAUGUCGCGGACAAUCGACUGUAUUCAAACCCGAAUUCAUCUAAGCAAGAUUCACAACCCGAAGAAUGCAUAGCUCAUUCAAAAGACACGAAGUCACACUCGGAUUUUCAAUCACCCGCGACUCGAUUCAAUAGUCACUCGGAGCAACUGCAUAGCUAUUACUCGCAAUCACCUCAAUCUUCAUCCUCAUCACCUCAAUUGUCCACACCUGCCGAACAUCAUUCUCCCGUAAUGGAACAAACCAAAACCUGCGAAGAACCUCAAGACGAAACAAUUCCUUUGAUAAAAGCAGAAAACGGUGACGAAAGGACUUUAAUAUUUUUUGGAAAUACUGCCGCUGUCCCAGGAUUUCGAGAUGUAAAAGACCUCGAGUCUUGCCAUAAGAAGGUAAAUGAUAUGGAGAAAACCCUUCGAAAACAAAUGUCCACCAGCACGACUUCCGAGAAAGCCACACCAAUAAUGACACCUCCACCGAUGCAUGUUUCUAUGUUGAACUGGCAAAAUGGGCACCCGACGCGUGACAUCGUGGAUAAUCUCGCUUCAUGCUUUUUUCGGCAUGUCGAUAACCAAUUUCCCAUGCUUCACGAGGCGACCUUUAAACGUCAACUGCGACAGGGAAAAGUUUCACCUUUCCUUGUCCUCUCUAUGUGCGCUGUGAGCGCGAGAUUUUCCGACCAUCCCCGAAUUAAGGUCGAUCCACCAUAUCUGUCGGGAGAAAGGUUCGCGACUCUUGCAACUCAGAUGAUAAUCCCAUCACUCGAUAAACCUUCUGUGGAGCACGUUCAAGAUGAUGCUCUUCAAUACUUUUUAAAAAGCAUUCAUUCUACUCACCGUGCAUACUUAUGGUUCAACAAAGGGGCCAAGAAAAUGGCUCAAGAAUUAGGGUUGCAUAAGGUUGACGAUCCAUUUUCCAAUGCAUCAAACAAAAAGGAUUCCGAGCAAGCAUUCAUCAGAAAAGAGACUCUAAGGCGUACUUUCUGGGCAUGCUUCAUGCUGGACAGGUUUUCCGCAUGCGCGCUGGGUAGGCCAACAUUGAUAGUAGAAGAUGACUGCGACGUUCGAUUCCCAUGUGUAGAGUCAAUUUGGAACAACGAUCAUCCGUUCGCAAGCCCAGCGUUUGGUGAAUAUUUCAAAGAAGAUUAUAUUAAACAUAGCACUCUCUUUAAUCUUUCCACAACAGGAAUUUUUGCGAACUUCUGUAGUAUCAUCACUUUGCUGGGCCGGGUUUCUCAACAUGUUAAUCGUUCCAAGCCAUCAUGUGCCCUUCCUUCAUGGGAUUCAAACUCGGAAUUCGCAAUUUUGGAAAGUGAGUUGGAAGAAUGGUAUCUGAAAAUAGCACCCGAGUACGAGUAUUCCAAAGAGAAGUUAAUUAUAUUUAAUUCUACCGGAUCCGGAGUUUUAUUUGCGUCCACUCAUUUGUUUUACUACGCGGUCGUGGUUGUCCUUAACCGACCAAACUUUAUAGCGCUACAGAACGACGAUAUUCCAAUGAUACAUAAAGAUUUCUUGUUGAGGUCAGCGGAAAGAUGUAGUACCGCUGCAAAACGUGUCACCUCUAUCGCCACAGACGCAAUUCAAUACGGAAUACAUUACAUGUGUCCAUUUACCCUAUAUCCGGUGUUUGCAACGGCAACCAUUCAUGUCAAUGAUUCAUUCAACGAAGACGAAAGUGUAGCCAAUAAGGCCAAGGAAAGACUGAAGAUACAUAAAAAAUACAUGUCCGAUUUGGGACCAAUUUGGGCGAUGGCUAACAAAUUGUGUUGGAUGAUAGAGGAGAUGUGUAACUUAAGAAAUGAACAGUCGGAUCCAAAAUGUAGUCACGACGCAUUCUUUUUUAAUAGUAAGAAACGCACCCAACCCAGAACUGAAUUGAUGUCAACGAGCACCGACGCAGGUUUCAUGACACUCUGGAAUCGUACAAACAAUAGCAUACUGGAAUCCAAUGUUAAUAACAACAGUACAUUUGAUGCGAGUUUCUCCGAUCAAUUGUCUCCACGGUGGUUCUUGAAUGGAUUUAACGAUAAUUCAAUAAUUGGUGAUUCGUUGACGAAUUUCCUUCGAUCGCAGUUACCAAUCUCUCCUGGAAGUUUGAUACGAUAUAAUAAAAAGGAUAAUGGUGAAAACGAAGAUGACUAUUUCUCACAAGACAUGACACUAUACGGCAAUAAUAAUCUAUCAUAUAUGUAUGAUCCUGCUAUUCUUGAUAUGCCCGUUGGUCAAGCCAUCCCCGAAUGGUUACCGGGAAGGUUCAUACAGUCAAAUCGUCAAACCAAUAAGCAAUGGAUCGACGUUGACCCGAUGAUUCAGAAUUCCGUGAAUCCAAUUCCUUUACCAUCGAAUGUUAUCGAACAUCUGGAUCGACAUAUAUAA